UAAAAGGGGAGACAAGAAAUGUGUUUUAUGAAAUAGCCAAAUAUUGUGUUGAAGGGACUUUGCAAGGAGUUGAAAUGCAUCGUGAGGGAAAUCUUUGUCCAGGUAAUCUGUCAUGGCUUUAAGAUGCGUUUAAAUAAAAUGAACAAUAUUAAUGGCUUGAAUGAUGAGAGCACGCUAUUGUAAUGAGGGUGAGAAGAAGAUAACGGGGAACUGGGUUGUUCUGAAAGACAUGCGCACACCUCCCACAAGCCAAUUUAGCCUGGCAGUGGAUUUAUCGAAACAACUUUUGGCACCUGGAUCUCCCUUUCCAUCUUGAUCGCCUUUGGAUGGAAUGACUCGUACAGAAAAUGUCUCCCAAACACUUCAGGCUGGAAUAUGAGUCAUGCAUAGACCACAACUAGAAAGAGUCUUCACAGCUGCAAUGAUUUGGUGUUGUUUGAUGUUCAACUCCACAUCUGAAAAGUGAAAAGGAAGCGGACAUGCACCGGAGAAAUGGAUAAAAAGCAAAAUCAGCAUUGCCUCCUGUCUCAUGGAUUUGUGCUGACUUAGCUUUUUGUGGUAUAUCCUUGCCUUGGAGAAAUGACGCUGUAAGUCUUGGAUGUUCUGUGACUGUGUUUUCUCAUUUUUAUUACCUUAUGGGAGGAAAAUUAAAGCAUAGAUGUCAAUUUUGUUUUGCUCAUUGCUAAAGAAAAUGUUCAUUUCUCCAAAAUGACUUGGAUCUCAACUCAAUAAUUCCAUGGUGGCAAUGGAAAAAUGGCACACUUGACAUCUACACGCUGACACACAUAAACAUUCACAUCCUUUAUAAACAAACAUAAGAAUCCUCUAAUUAUUGUUCUUUGUAUGUCAAUGCAAAAUCCCAUUAUGGAAUUCCCUUACCACCUGAGUUCGGUACUGUGACUGCCAAAGCUGCAUCUGACUUUGAAGUAGCCUCAUUUUGAAAGUGACCACAAUUCAGCUCUGGUAACACUUUUCUAAAACCUUCACAUUUCCCUCUCUCCCCCCCACCCGCGCCACGUGGGGGGGAGAGCUUCCUCCUCUGGGGUGACCCCAGAAGUGUGUCCCCCUCAGCCCAGCAGACAGUGACUGUCACACAGGUCUGUCAGCAUGGAUGCUGGGCAGGGCAGCCCGGAGAACCCCAACCGGGCAGUGGAGUACCUGCUGGAGCUCAACAACAUCAUCGAGAGCCAACAGAAGCUUUUGGAAACACAGCGGCGGCGCAUUGAGGAGCUGGAAGUGCAACUGGACCGACUCAGCCAGGAGAACAAGGACCUGCGGCUGGACCGACAGCCCUGCCCGCCCCCACCACCACCCCCCAUCCACCCCACCCAGACGGCCACAGCCCACGCUCCAGCAUCCACCAACAUCUACUCCAAUAAGAGCCACAACAGUGGCCCUAUCCCCAUCCCCAUCCCUGCUCCAGCACCUCUACCCCCACCUCCACCUGUACCGCCACGGGACCGCCGCACCAAUGCCAAUGCACACACAAAGCUUGGCCAGAGCCUGUUGUCUGGACCCAAUGCCACGGAGAGAGAAAGGGAACGAGACAGGGAAAGAGAGAGAGACGGUGCCGGUACCAGUUUGGGCAGCUCUCUACCGAGACAGCUAGAAGGAGACUCAUCCAACAAAGACAGGUCACCACCCUAUUCCACCUGUAGUGCUUCUUCUCGUACCAAUUCUUCCACCUCCUCCACUGCUACUCCAGCUUCUACCUCUGUCCACACCAGUCUGACCGCAAACAGCCACUCCACCCACCACCAGUACUGCUGCCCCACGCGGCUCCUUCUGCCCAAGCCGCCCUGCGCCCUCCCCCCUGCCCGGCACCCGGAGCAGGCAAGUAGAGAGGAAGAUGAUGACGACAUCGCCCAUCAGUUCUGUUGCCCCGCCUCUGAGUGCAGUAGUCCCUCCUCUAGGUAACCAGCAGACUUGUUGGCUCUGCCCCUGACCAAACCCCCAGAUUUUCCCCACCAACUCCAACAAGACUGUAUGGAGCGAAAGCUUGUCAAUCAACUGGAUGCUAAACUUGAACCGAAUGCAUCUGAAUCUGCAGACUAAAUGCAGCAGUGACUUGGACAAAAUAAAAACAAAUAUCCUUCUUUGCACUAGCAUGUCAUCUGCAUCCUACCACCUCUCAGAAAUGGACAAAGAUCCUGUAUGUGACUAAAACACAAAGAGUGAAAGGGAAACAGAAUGGAAAACAUUGUACAGUGUUAAAAUGGGACAUAAUGGAGCAGAUCUGAAGUGGAAUAUCAGCAGAAGAGGUGAACAAUCAAACAGAUGGUCCCCAUUUCUCCGCCUCUGUCUGUGCCCUGGUUCUUACAUUGUUGCUAUAUCAGCUUCUCUUUGGUUUCUUCUUUGUCUUUUCCCCAUGUGUUUUCUGACCUCUGUAGCUCGCCUGCCAAACGCCUGUGAACCUUUAGUACAGUAUGUGAUGUGUUGUGUUUGUUUCCACAUUUAGUGUCAAAAGUAAGGAUAUGUUUUUUUUUUCUUCAAUACCCGCUUCCUUCUCCCAACAGAGAGAAAAAAGAUGCUUGUGUGUCAAGUUCUCUGACAGAAUUAAGGAUUUACAAUACUUUUGCGUAUAUAUCAGGCCUGGCAUGACAGCAAGUCUCUCUAAAGCCAUAUUUGAAUGUGCAGCUUCACUGACCACCAUUUGCCAUUCCUCUACCGCCUGCUUUCUGUGUCUUUUUGAUUCUGUUUUUUGACAUUUUGUGUCUCUUUAUACUAUUGCCUACUGGCAUUUGCUUAUCACCUUAAAGGGAUAGUUCACCCAAAAAUUAAAAUGCUGUCAUCAUUCUAAAUCUGUAUGACUUUUUUUCUUCUGUGAAGUACCAAAGGAGAAGUUUAGCAAAAUGUCUGAGCAGCUCUUUUUCAUAUAAUGAAAGUGGAUGGGGACUAGGGGCUGUUUAGCUCCAAAAGGAAAAAAAAAAGAAAAAAAAAACACCAUUAAAAAAAAAUCCUAAAAGUAGGCCAUUUGACUGUGCACUAUAUUCCAAGUCUUCUGAAGACAUACGACAGCAUUGUGUGAGGCACAGACUGAAAUUUAAGUCAUUAUUCACUGAAAGUCUUGCUUGAAAGCUGUUGUCACUAUUUACUUUCAUUGUAUGUAAAAGAGCAGCUUGGAUAUUCUGCUGAAAGUUAUUUGUUUCACAAAAGAAGGAAACUCGUAUGAGUUUGGAAAAACAUGAGGGUAAGUAAAUGACAACAGAAUUUACAUUUUUGAGUGGACUAUUCCUUUAAAAAAGCUAAAAGAAAAGCCAGUCGGUAACACUUCUACCAUUAACUGUACUGUGCAUAUAUGUAAAUGUUGAUAUUUCACACAUAAUGCAGUGAAGGACACUCUUUGGACUGCAUUGAAGGAUUGUGUCAAACAAAAAUAAUAAUACAGACUAUCUGUUUAGUAUGUUGGCUUCGUGACACAGACAGUGACAACAACAGGGUAUGAGUGGACUUGGUGCUUCAUAAUCAAAGUUUUUAAAACUCUGGCCUACUUCAGUGAAUUAAUCUUCAUACAUGGCACUUGGCACUGAAUUAUCCAGGUAUAGUAGUGAGAUAUUAUUAUACAAAACUUCUUACUGUACCUCAGGUAUAUAGAAUACUUCAUCAGCAAAAUGUUUGGUACUAUUGUAAAUCAAACUGUUCCGGUGUGGUGGUUCCACUAGCUAGACGUCCCUCUCAGAUUUUGACAUGCCGUCACGGCUGGCUGAUAAAAAAUGGUGUCACGUCAUGAGCCCGUUGAAUUGUUCUACAAGGCUGAGGUUUUUUUGGAUGAAGAGAUAUUCUGGGAUGGUAGAAGUUUUGUUUGUAAAAUGUAACUGAACUGAUAAUAUUCCAAAUAGAGUCAUACGCACAACAUACAGUACAUACACAAAUGUAUUGCAUAGGAAAAUUUACACUUGCUUUAGCAUUUAUAAUUUAAAUGAAUAAGUAUUCCUUGACUGAUCGGUUAGAAAAUAAAUUGAAAAUGGAAAGCAUAGAGGUGAAGCAAAUUUGAAUGUAAAAAGGUGAGCGAAAUCAUUGCAUUGAUGUAAUCAAACAAGCAACUGUAACAACAUGUUCAGGAUUGGGGGGCACAAAAUGUAUUAGUUUAAGGAUCGGCCUUUGAAAAAAUGCAUUCUGGUCGACAAUCAAUCUGAAUUGGGAGGGCCUGUCCCCUUCAAUGUAUAUGGUGGCUUAGGCUCUGUAAACAAAUACUGUUCAUGACAAAUUGAAAAAGGAUUGAGAAACACAGGAAAAAAACACACAUUAGACAGAUGUGUGUUCACAAAAUAUUCCCUAAUAUGUCUGACAGGAUGAAGACAAUGACAUUGUCACUUACUUAGUGAGACUCAGUAAUAAGAAAAUACAGAGUGAAUUUGUAAAACUCUUAUGCAUGUUCUAAAGAAGUCAUAGCUAUUUUUAAACUCUUUCAUGGUUGUGACUGAUAUUGUUUUUAUUAUUAUUAUUAUUAUUAUUGUGGAGUCUUAAUUGUUUUCAUGCUUUAUGUUGGAUGUCUUGAAAGCUGUGAAGUACAGAGAGGAUGGUCAUCUCAAGAGGUUGGGAGGAGAAUGCUCAUAAUUACAGGUUUUAUGUUGUGGCUUCGGGUCUCUCCUCCAGUCACUGUUAAUGGUGCCCACCGUGCUGUCACCCAGAGAGCAGAGCAAAGUGCAAUGUUUGAUUCACAUGCUAAAAGGAGCCUUGCACGUCACAGUUCAAAAGAGCGACUGCCGAAUGAGUGACUGUAAUGCCGAUGCUUUAAGGAAGGUAUACAGGUGAUUCAGCUAAAAAAUUCCUUUCCUUUUUAUCAAGUAUAAAUAUAACUGUUUAAACAUGCAUAUAUACCAAUUAAGCAUAAUGUAAUAUGCACAUAUUAGCGUAUUCUAACACAAGCUACAUUUUUCUUAGACCAAAUUGUCAGACCAAACCUAGUCUCAUAGAAUCACAUUACUAUCAGGGCUUUACAUUAACUUUUUGGCUCGCCAGCCACUGUGGCUCGUGCUUAUCCAAAGUCCCACAAUAAUUAAUAACGGUAAACUGGAGUCUGUAACUGCAUGGAUUUGUUUGGACAUUUUAUUUGAAUGAGAAUAUUUAGUGAUUAGCAGGACACAAGCCUAAUGAUUUAAGUCAUCUCUUGGAAUAUCUGAAGGCAAACAUGGCCAGUUAGAACAUUGUUUCACUGUUUAACAGUGACAGUUGUAAUAUUAAAGCUGAAGUAUGUAAUUUCUGCGACACAAGCUCCAUCAAACGGAAUCUCAAAAAUAAACAAUGUUUUCAAAACAGCUGAAUAUGCCCGUCGUCUGCAGUUGUUAAAAAAACUCAGAUAGUCCUGCCCCCAACUCACGGCAUUGGAUGAGUAAUAUUUUUGGGGCAGUUCGCUCAAAACAAACACAGGAAUUUUUUAGUGCCACAGAGACACAGUGUUUACAGUUUCCAAGAAUUAACCUAUGACUGCCUUACUUAUAGAUGUCUCUGCAUAGUAAUCUGUGAUAGAAGAAAGUAUUUUAACACUGAAAAAGUUACAUCAGCUUUAAGGCCACAACCACAGGUAAGACCAUGGAUGGCACCUCAUUACCAUGGUUAAGUCAAUGUAGAUAGUCUUUCUAAAAAAUUCAUUAUAAUAUUUGGUAUGAAAAAGCAGCCUAAACACAUUUUGGAACUUUAACUACAACUUUCACAGUUGUAAUAAAAAUGAAGACUAAUAGAUUUGGCCUAAUAGAUUUAAUGUAAAUACCAGUUACCAGGUAGUGUUACUGCAGUAAAUAAUAAUAAAAAAACAAAAAACAAAACCACCUCUUUACCUUGUCAGUGCUGUCUAAAAUAUCAGGGCUCUCAGUUUGAGAGGUCUGACUUCCCAUAGCACUUUAAAGUACAACAUUCUCUGUAGAAGUCAAAUGGGUCACAUAAGUCUUGUGGUCUCUGUUGCAGUAUCGAGUGAAGCUAUCCUGUCUCUGGAGCCCACUGGUGUGUGUGCUUCAGUGGUUCACACGAAAACACGCUUCUUUCGCCUAGCACGGAUGAGCGUGUAAGGUAUAUUUAUUGCUUAUGAAGCGGACAUUCACAGAAUUUUUAAUGCAGGAAAACCCUUGAAAACAUCACCGGCCAAAGUGGCUAGUAAGAGUGAUGGAGUACCCGCCACUGCCGUGAUCUAUCCGCAUUUGUUAGGUGGGCGGGUGUUAAUGUCAAGCCCUGGUUACAAUACCUACAUUUUUGCGAAAUGAUUUUUAUGUGGUUGUACAAAUCACGGCAGUUUCCUGGUGAAAUGAACAGUAGUGGUGCUACAACAACACUGACUUUUAUUCACUUUUACACAAAUCACCAAUAAAUUGCAGGUUAUCAGUUCAUAAACACUUUUCAUCCUGUUCCUCACACAAUGCUAUCAUAUGAACCCUUUUACUCUAGUGCAUGAAUUGAAUUGGUGUUACAUUUUAUCAUUUGCUUUACUUAACCAACAACAUUUAAAAGCUUGUUUGAGUGUGAUCAAAUUGCAUGGUAGCUCAACUUGUAGAGAGUUGCACUUGGGGAUGCAAUAGACCUGGCUACAAGAAUUGAAGAUCAUGCGAGUUGACAUGAGAGCCAAAAGUGUCAUAGAAGCACCACAAAAAAAGAUGGUUGCUCCAGCAAUUGCAUUGUUUGUGUCACACUUUACUUUUUAUGACAUUAUCAGUUAGGUUUAAUGUUUAGGGUAGGGGGGUUAGUUUGUUGAUUUAAAACUUUAAGUUUAAUAGCAUUAAACUUAAAAGCCUCAUCUGUUUGGGAGAAAAUGUAACUCGCUUUUAGCGCGACAAAGUGGACAUUUCACCUCGGAACUGCAACGGUACCACGUACUGUAUUAUCAUUUUAUAAAAAUGUUGCAACAGUCACAUGAUAUUUAUGAGAUCAGACGGGCCAACCCUUUCGUCAAAAGGCAAGGCUGUUUAUUUAACAAAAUACUUAAUACUUGAUGCAUGUUAAAAAAAAACAUGCUUCUUGCCAUCUUUUCAAGAUUUUAUGCCACAUAAAUUGUUCAUUACAUUUUAUUUUAAAACCCCCUCUGGCAAUUACGAACAAUAUCAUUUUAAAAGCAAACCUGAAAUUAGGAGUCUGUACCUAUUAUGACACAUGAGAUAUUGCAUCCAAAAUAAUCCAUAAUGCCUGUAGGUACCUCCCCUUAAACCAUAGCGUGAUCCGAGUGUGGAAUUGCAUGUCAUCCUCAUACAGCAGCUGAAAACAGUGCGAUUAGGAAACAUAUUUACUGCUAAUGUGAAGAUGAAUGGCAGACUCCCAACAUGUUCAGUCAGCUUGUUCCUGUAUUUAUCGCUCACGGUGGGAAUGAAUGCGAUAAGUCACAAAUGAAAGAGCCCUUCUUUACUAUUUUUAAUCUCUCUCUCUCUUUUUCUAUCUGUCUCUUUCUCUCUCUUUUACAUUCUGUAAAUACUAAAACAUAAUUCCUGCUCCUUUCAUAAGGAGGUGGAACAUUCAUUGAUAUCUGUAUAUUAAAUGAAUUACAAUGGAUAUGAUAUAAAAAAAAAAAAUUUAAAAAACAUAUUAAAGAAUAUAAGAAUAUUAUUGAAUAUUAUAAGAACAUGACUGAUAAUGAUGAUGUUAUGAGGCUGGUGAUGAUGGUGGUGGUCAUAAUGAUGAUGAAAGUGACUGAAUAAAUGAUCCAUGAUGAUCCAGAUAAAAAUGUGAGUCAAUGUACCAUUUUUCCUUCAGUUUGGUUACAUUCUUUACUGCAGUUUUGUCAAGGGCAUCUCCUGCGGUUUAAAAGUGUGUUAAGGAUAAUAACUGCAACAGGUUGCCUGCUGGCCUUCAGUUCUGAUGCCUUCAGAUAACAGCGCUUAGAUAAACCUCUGUUGUGGCACCUCCCACAUGUUUUCAAGCUAAUUCCUGGUGUCAAAAUGGCACUGUGUGAAACUUUAAAGAAUUGGCUUGAACAUUGUCGGGGUUGUACUUGCUUGUUUUGAUUAUUAGGGGGUUACCUAAUAAUCUAUGCCCCUGUGUACACAUAAUGAGAGUACAGCAUUAUUAAAGAGCCUAGAUAGAGUAUCUACAGUUGGGAUCACAAAGAUGCCAAGCAAAAUAUGAUUUUACAGGUCCAUGCUCGUGUGUUGGGAAAACAGGUUCAGAACUGGGUUUGUUUAGCAUUUUUUGGUAGACCCACAGACUGCCCUCUCUCCCUUCACUGACUGUGAUGCAUAUUGCACACAAAACUGGAAUGUACUUUCUCAAUCUGGCAAGAUCUACACUUUAAACAAUUAUUUUGCCUUUUAGGUACCAUGACUUAAAAUGUUCUAGAGUUAGAACAAUUGCCCUGAAUUGAUCUUGUUGAGAUAACUCAAUUAUCUAAGUGUGAUAGGUUAUUAAACUUGGACUUUUAAAUUAUUCAGUUGAAAUCAAAAAUAUAAGUCAGUAAAACUAUGCACAUCACGCUCACGUAUUUGGAUUCCCAGCAUGCUCUAUGUCAUGAAUAAAUUAUGUAAAUUGAAGUGUUA